AUGUAUUUAUCAAAAGUUUUAAUUUUUCGACGAACAAUUUCUCAAUUACCCUACCGUUUAUCUUCUACAUCAUCAUCAUCAGCUACACCAACGCAUACAUUUCCUAAUGAAGAUCUUCUAUUCACCGUUAAAUCAUCGAAUGGACAUAUACGUUCAGCUCUUUACCCAUUAAAUUCUGCUGAUUAUCCAAAGCAAGUUUUACCAGAUUUACAUCUAAUAAAAAUGUUUCGAGAUAUUGAAUUAUUAAAAGAAAAUUGUGAACAACGUAAUCUAAUGGUUGAUAUCAAUCAACUUGCAUCCGAUUAUCAACGAUGGGUACAAGAGAAAAAAGAGUAUCGACGUUUACGUGAUCUUCAUCGUAUACAAGAAAGAUUACGUGAACAACAUCAACAAACAAAUGAUUUAACAAUGACAGACGUUAAUGAGACAAAAAAACGAAAGAAAAAUAUGAAAUCAAACAAUAGCAAUACAUCAGAUGAAACGACAAUAACAUCUACGAAAAAUAACAAUGAAUUUCAACAUGCUUCUGAAAUGAUUACCAGUGUUGAAAAUUCAUGGAUUGAUUCUGUCGCUCAUCCGUCGAAAUUAACUGAUGAUUCUCCAUAUGCUCGUGGUGAAGCAGUUAUGAAUGAUAAUGAAUUUAAUUCUCUUAAAAAUCAUUUCGAACAAUUUCGUGAACGAUUUCGUGUAUUUGAUCAACGUUUUAUUGUUGCUUGUCUUCAUUUACCAGCAGCUCAACAUAUUGCCGUACCUGCUAAACCAUCAACAGGUAUAACUAUAUAUGAAUCUUCUAUACCGAUUGUUAAACAUGCAUUUAAUUCAAAAACAUGGAAUGAAUUAUGUCAUGUGGAAAAAAAUGAUGUAUCUAUAUUUGGACCCUAUUGGCUUGGUCCAGUACCAAUACGUAAACAUGAAUUUGUUCGUUUUAUAUGUUCAGAAUUAACAAAAUUAGGUUUUCAAGAAAUGUCAUCUGUUAGUAUAUCAAAACCAUUUAUUUAUGAAGCAUUAGGUGCGAAUAUAAAUGAAAGUCGUCAUGUAUUAACAACAUUUGAAAGUUCAGAUGAUCCACGUUCACGUUCAUUAAUAUCAUCUGGUUUAGGUUCAUUAGCAUCUAUACUUGUACCAUUUAUACGUCGAACAAUUUUACAAACUGAUUUACCAUAUUAUGUUUUUACACAAGGUGCAACAUAUGAUGUUAAUGAUGAACAAACACAUAAAAUACAAUUAUUAGCUAUGACAAAUAUACGUGAUAUACAUUUAAAAAAUUUUGAUGAUCCAUUAAUUGAUGAACCAAUCAAUGAUUUAGAGCCAGUACCAUCAAAUGUAUCUAUUGAACGUGAACAUGAAUAUAAUUUACAAUUAAAAAAUAGUUUAAAUGAUAAAAAACCUUAUCGUUUUAAAGAAACAUCAAGUUUAGAUGAUCUUUAUAUUGAAUUAACGCGUUUAAUGUAUAAUUUAUAUGAAAAAUUUCGUUUACCAUAUCGUAUACAAAAUUGUUCGUCAGAUAAAUUACGUUCAUAUGAAUCAAUGAGACUUGAUUAUGAAUUAUUUUUACCAAGUACAAAUUCAUAUGUAUGUGUUGGAAGUAUAUCAUUAAUUGGAGAUUAUUUAAGUCGACGUUUAAUGAUGCGACAUAAACGAGUAAAAGAAGAAAAAAAAUCCAAUAAUAAUAAUAAUAAUAAAGAAAAAUUGUCGGAUGAAAAUGAUGGGCCAAGAGAAACCAAAUUUAAUUAUAUACAAAUGAUACAUGUGCAAGUGGUUGAUGUUGAUAUGUUAAUGAAAUGUUAUGUUGAAAAAGAACAACGAAGUUUUUCAGACAAAACACUUCGCGAAUUGAACUAA